CGCAACAGGUCUCUGUCAGUGUCAAACGCAGAAGAGCGCAAGGAUUUCUGUCCCUAUAGUAGCCUAUAUUCGUCUCUACAGGUUUACAGAUUUAAAUAUAAAACAAGACGCAUCUUAAAGAAGACAACUGUGUCGUUUUAUCGUGAUGAGGAGUUAAGGAACUUCUGAAUUUUGGUUUCAUGCCGGGACGGUCCAGUAACGGACGAUGGCAAAGACAUAUCAUGUGCUUUCUCUCAUCGAUAUCCUCUUUACCAUCAACUUGGUUAUAGCGAUAGAGCUCAGGUUUGUGCCUGAUCCUCCAACCUUAAACAUCACUGAGAAGACUCUCAAAAUCAAUGCUUCAGAUACACUGGAGGUCACGUGCAGGGGGCGUCAGAUCCUGGAAUGGUCUACACCUCACAACCGAACCCGUUCUGAAACCCGGCUCAUUAAAACAGACUGUAGUGGCAAUGGACUGUUCUGUAGCACUUUAACGCUCUCCAAAGCAGUAGCCAAUGAGACUGGAGAGUAUCGCUGCUUCUAUAAAAACCUGCCUAUAGAGGAUGGAAAGACUUCUAUUUCUGUGUAUGUUUUCAUACAAGAUUAUCGUACACCAUUUGUCCGAAUGGCUCAAGAUUAUGAUGUGGUGUUCAUUCGGGAGGGAGAACAGGUGGUCAUUCCCUGUCUGGUAUCUGUGGAGAACCUAAACGUCACACUUUACACUAAGUAUCCAGUAAAAGAACUGGCCACUGAUGGGAAAGACGUCAUCUGGGAUAGCAAGAGGGGCUUCGUCCUGCCUAGUCAUGUGAUCAGCUAUGCUGGGGUGGUCUACUGCCAAACCACUAUUCAAAAUGAGACCUAUCAGUCCCCAUCUUACAUUGUGGCUGUCGUAGGAUACAAGAUCCAUGACCUCACCCUGAGUCCAGCUCAUGAGAGGCUAACGGUAGGGGAGAGGCUAAUGCUAAACUGCACCGCUCACACCGAACUCAAUGUGGGAAUUGACUUUCAGUGGAUUUUUCCUCAUGAGAAGAGAGGUGUCAACAGCUCAAUACCAAGGUCACGCUAUGAGUCCAGGUCAUACAAGAAGAAGCUGUGGAACUCCUUAGAACUGUCCAAUACUCUCAUUGUAAAGAACGUGACCGUAAAUGACACAGGAGAGUACAUCUGCAUAGCCUCUAGUGGUCAGAUGCAGAAAAUUGCCCGAGCAGCCCUCAUCGUCUAUGAGAAACCAUUUAUAGCGCUCAAUGAUCAGAUGUUGCAGACUGUGGAGGCAACUGCUGGCCAGGAAGAGGCUAAAAUCUUGGUUAAAUAUUAUGCUUAUCCAGAGCCCUCUGUCAAGUGGUAUAAGAAUGAUCAGCUGAUAGUGUGGAAAGAUGAGUGCAGGGUGAAGCCCAACAGAGGAUCUCUCACAAUAUAUGGUGUUACAGAGAAGGAUGCUGGGAAUUACACUGUUGUCAUGACAAAUAAGAUUACCAAGGAGGAGCAGAGAAGAACAUUUCAACUAUUGGUUAAUGUUCACCCUAAGAUCUUUGAGAAGGAAGUGCCGUUGGAUCGAGAUGUUCAUAUGUAUGGCAGUAGCCCUACACUCAGAUGCACAGCUAGCGGAGGAUCCAGCCCUGUCACAAUACAGUGGCAGUGGAUGCCGAGAGAGGACUGCCCAGUCCAAAUUCUACCUAAGUCAGACGAAAGUGUGGUGAAUUGUGACAAGUGGAGGGAGAUAUCAAACAACACAGGGAAGAAUCCCAUCAUCAGCCCCACAUCUGUCAUUGGACGCUCUCUUAAGACCAUCAGCACACUGAAGAUUCAGAAAGCAGUUGAUCAUGCUCUCUACAGGUGCAUAGCCUCCAAUAAGAUGGGAGUAGAAGAGCGAGUCAUUGUGUUUCAAGUAGCUCGUUUCCUCAACCUAAGCAUCCUCCCCUCCAGCAGCCCUAUUGAGGGAGAGGAUGUGAUAAUGCGCUGUGUAGCCGAUCGAUUGUUGUACUCUAACAUGCAAUGGUAUCGGGUAACGAGCACAGCCAACCCCGAUGCCUCUCCUGCAGCCGUGCCCUGUGAUACCCUUAGCCUUUCACCUCUCCACCAGACCAAUGUCACCAUAUCAGGCCUGCAGGGCACCAAUGCAACGCUGGACCUAACCAUACCCAAUGCCACAUUGAUGGACCAAGGCUUGUAUGCUUGCCAAGUAGAGAACGUGGGCACCAGUGAGAGAACCUGUUUACUUCACAACCUCAGACUCAGAGCUCUUGAGAUGUCAAGAAUUGUGACCAAUCUGACUGCCCAGAGAGUAAAUGUGAGCGACUCUACAUCUCUCGUGUGUGAAGUGUCCGGCACCCCAACACCUACUGUAGUCUGGACUAAAGACAACCAGACUGUCACGGAGGGAUCAGGUGUGAUUCUGAAACAGUCAAAUCGUGUCUUAACCAUCCAACGGGUGAAAAAAGAGGACAGUGGUCUUUACGUGUGUACGGCCUGUAACCAGCAGGGCUGUGACUCUCACGAGGCUCGUAUCACUGUAGAUGGUGCAGAAGAAAAGAUGAAUGUGGAAUUGAUCAUGCCUAUUGGUGCUGUGGUCAUCGCUAUGUUCCUCUGGCUCCUCAUCGUCUUCGUUAUCCGUAACAGGAAGCGGCCUAAUGAUGGAGAUCUGAAAACUGGCUACCUGUCAAUCAUUCUAGACUCAGAUGAUAUGCCGAUGGAUGAGCACUGCGAGAGACUGACCUAUGAUGCUAACAAGUGGGAAUUCCCACGUGAUAGACUGAAGCUAGGUGAGACUUGGCUAAAUGUGAGAAAUAAAACAACAACAACAACAAUAAAAAUAAUAAAAAGCUUAAAUACCCAGGAACAAUCUGGAAUGGCUUUCCAGUACUUUUGA